AUGACAUCAUCGUUAUCAGCCGACCAUUCGAGCAGCACCUUGAGCUGCCGCCUCCGCGCAGCCCGUCUCCGCCUGAAUUCCGAGAAGUGCCAAUUUUGCGUAGACCAGCUAAAAUAUCUGGGCCACGUCGUAGACCGCGUCGGGAUCUAUACUGAUCCGAAGAAAGUCAGCGCGUUAACUAGUUGGACGGAACCGCGUUUGGUCAAGCAAAUAUGCCAGUUCCUGGGCAUGGCCUCAUGGUACUGCCGAUUUAUCGAGAAUUUCUCGACCCUCGCUGCGCCGCUCACACAUCUGACGAAAAAGAACGCCCGCUCGACAUGGAGGGAAAACGAAGCAGCGGCGUUUAAACAAUUGAAAAACGCACUGACCACCGCGCCCGUACUCGCGUGCCCUUCAACCGCCGCUUCUUCCUGUAAACCGACGCGAGUACCAGCGGCCUCGGAGCCGCACAUAUAA